CACAUACUGGCUGACCCACCACUCCACUACUUACUGAGACUCCAGAGUGACUGGUACUGCAUUAGCACAUAUGUCUGCUUUCUGAGUCAGGUCUGUGAAUAGGUUUGCUUGUGAGCGUUUAAUUGGUCAAUCAGGGCUGAUUUGACCAAGGUCUGGUGGAGAUAUGAAUCUUUCGAGGAUCCAGAUUUUUCUGGCAUGGAUUCUAAGUUUAUUUGCCGGUCCAGUAAUCUGCUCAGAAGAUGAGACGCGUCUGGUAAAAACCCUCUUUAAUGGGUACAACAAGGUGGUUCGUCCCGUUAACCACUUCAGUGAAGCCGUUGUGGUCACAGUGGGACUGCAGCUCAUACAGCUCAUCAGUGUGGAUGAAGUUAACCAGAUUGUGACCAGUAAUGUCCGCCUUAAACAGCAAUGGAUAGAUGUGAACCUGAAGUGGAAUCCAGACGAUUAUGGAGGCAUUAAAAAAAUCAGAAUACCUUCAACUGAUAUAUGGAAACCUGACCUGGUGCUAUACAACAAUGCUGAUGGUGACUUUGCCAUCAUCCACGAAACUAAAGUCCUGCUGGAGUACACUGGCCUAAUUACAUGGAACCCUCCUGCCAUCUUUAAGAGCUACUGUGAGAUCAUUGUCCUCCAUUUCCCCUUCGACCUGCAGAACUGUAGCAUGAAGCUGGGAACCUGGACGUAUGAUGGACUACUGGUCGUCAUCAACCCAGACAGCGAUCGACCGGACACUAGUAACUUCAUGGAGUCGGGAGAGUGGGUGUUAAAGGACUGUAGGAGCUGGAAACACUGGGUUUUCUACACCUGCUGUCCCGACACGCCAUACCUGGACAUCACCUAUCAUUUCCUGAUGUUGCGAUUGCCUCUUUAUUUCAUUGUCAAUGUCAUCAUUCCCUGUAUGCUGUUUUCUUUUCUCACUGGCCUGGUCUUCUAUCUGCCUACUGACUCUGGUGAAAAGAUGACUCUCUCCAUCUCUGUCUUGCUGUCUCUGACUGUCUUCCUGCUGGUCAUCGUGGAGCUGAUCCCCUCCACCUCCAGUGCUGUUCCUCUCAUAGGGAAAUACAUGCUUUUCACAAUGGUGUUUGUCAUCGCCUCCAUCAUCAUCACCGUCAUCGUCAUUAACACGCAUCACCGCUCACCCAGCACGCACACCAUGCCUGCGUGGAUCCGCAAGGUCUUCAUUGAAACCAUUCCCAACUUGAUGUUCUUCUCAACAAUGAAGCGUCCAAGUCAGGAGAUCAGACAGAAGACACUGUUCCCCACUGACAUGGACAUUUCUGACAUCUCAGGAAACCCCACCCCCACGAGUGUCACCUACCAGUCUCCUAUCAUUAAAAACCCAGACGUUCGCACCGCUAUUGAAGGGGUGAAAUACAUCGCUGAGACCAUGAAAUCAGACGAGGAAUCGAACAAUGCGGCGGAGGAGUGGAAGUUUGUCGCCAUGGUUUUGGACCACAUCCUGCUCUGUGUCUUCAUGGCUGUGUGCAUCAUUGGGACACUCGCUGUCUUUGCUGGAAGGCUCAUUGAGCUCAACACGCUGUAGGGCCACUGACCCAUGAAGGAAUGCACGUGAUAUCUAAAAAAAAAAAGCAUUGUCAUUUGGGGAGACGCAUGAGAAGACAAGUUUCCAUCAUUAGACAGGUCCAGAUUGUGUUUGUUUUGUUGCUUUCUCCCUCUGUCUCUCAGACACAGGUGGACACACUUUGAGCUGACUCGCGUCGUCUCUCGCUCUGGUGUCAGCUUCAAAUGUCCAUGUUUGUGGAUUUAAACUGGAAAGUGAGGAGAAAGUCCAGGCGUCUAUCUGAAAGGCAUGAGUCUGGUGAUCUACAUGGGUCAUACUUGAAGUUAUUUUUACCACUAACCACUUGUCUAUUGUUCUUGUUGUUUUUCUACAGUGUUUUAUUGCUGCAAUCACUCUGAGUGAAAUUACUGCCAAUGAUAAUAACACUGUGUUGGUCUUUGAGUGCCGCCGAGAUUAUUUCCUGUCUGGAAGUUUUAUUGUUGUGUUUGGCCUGACACUCAACUGACUUUUAAAUGUCUCAUUUAUAUUUAUGUAUUAAGGUUGCGAAAUGUGGUGUAAAUUUUAGAUCACAAGUGUUGAUUCAUAAAAAGAAAAACACUUCAGAUAUUCAUGGGUCAGGGACUUUGUCACUGACGCAUGUGAAUUCCUCUUUACUUUUUAACACAAUGUUACUGGUGAAUGUGGAGCCAAGAAAGCCACUUCAAAGCUGAUGUGCUGGUCCUUGAAAAAGUAUGGUGGCUAUGGCUUUUUCUGCUAACACUCGGUUUUAGGUAGUUUAGAUUAGACACUUUUUGUGCAGAGAUCUCAACGGUGAUCAAAAUGGUGUAAUUGGUUCGUUGUCACAGGAUUAAAGCUGAUGAGGAAUGUUUUUGUGCAGCUUUAAGUGAUAUAACAGAGCAAGAUUGUUGAAAUUCCAUUACAUUUGUUUUGACAUUACUGCAUGUGUUUACACCAACCAGCUGAAGGCAACUUCAUUUAUUUUGCAGCCGUUUUUAGUUGAGCAACAAGACCACUGAAUAAUACAGUGAUGUUCAAUGAACUGAUAUUGCGCAUUGGUGUCUUUUGUAUGUAUAUUUCAAAUUGUGUAGUUGUGAAAAAUAAAAAUAAUUAUUUAAUCAAGA